GUUUAGUUUUCAGUGAUCGCGCGGCGACGGCGCUCUCUGCCGGCGACCUCCGAAGUUUCGCAACUCGACACAUUUCCUAGUGCUAGUGAUGUGCUAAACCUAUCCGGUCGGAAGUCCACAUAACGUGUGCCGCAGUGACGUCAGCGGGGGACUCCGCAAGGGCAUCGGAUCGCCGAUCUCAACAGGUGGUGUAGUCAUGGGACUGGGAGACAUAGUGAAUCUAACAAGGUGAUAACAAGCAGUGUUUAUGUAAUGAACUGUACAGUGUGUGCCGUGACAGUGUUGUGACAUGAACAGUGAAACGUGUCCACUACUCGCAACAAACACGUGGAAAUGAAAAGAGAAAAGUACAAGAACAUCAUUCCGGAACACGGGCUGGGUGAGCGAUGAAGGGGUGGUUUGACGCGUUCCGCGAGGAAGGCGGGCCGACCCUGUACGCGUACCACAACCGCACGGCCGUCGCGGCUGAUGUGCCUGCGCUUGCGCUGCUCAUCGCCGCGCUCACGCUCUACAUCGCCUUCCUCGCUGUCUUCCCCGGCAUCAGGAAAGAGAGAUUCUCAACGUUCACGAUAGUCACACUAAGUCUUUUCGUCGGCACCGUCAUUCUAGUAUGUAAGCACGGGUCGUCGUGGCACGUGGCGGGCGCCCGCGUGGCUCGUGCGGCGUACCGCGCGUUUUCCGCCGACCGGCUGGACUGCUGGCUCGCCGUGCAUGUGGGACUGGGGCAUGUCAAUGUUACGCUCACUGCUCUGUCCUGGGGCAAUACGAGUGUGGGGGAUCCAGGUGUGGACUACAACGAGCAGUUCCGCUGGGAAGAGGCCGGGGCUAUCCAGGAGUUCUACCGGGAUGGCCUGACGCGAGGCCUGCCUUUCCCACUUUUGUCUGUUGCGGAACACUUCGCAGUACAGCAUGAAGGUUUCGAUUGGGGAGCCAAGUAUCGUGCUGCAGGGUACACCACAUCUACGCUGUUGUGGACGGCGAUAGCUCUGUGGCUACUGAUGAACCUGCUCCUAGUAGUCGUGCCUCGAUACGGCGCGUAUGCCAUGGCCACGCUCGGCGUAACGCUAUGUGCUGCCGCCGGGGGCUACUGGGCCUCGCUACCACACGCGCCACUAGUCGUACGCCUUGACGGAGCCAUGCUGUUCUUCUCGCUAGGAUGGUGCUUUUGGCUUGUGUUAAUAGCAGGCUGUAUCUGUGUGGCUGUAGGUUUAAUAAUCGCGAUCCUAGACCUGAUCUGGCCGCAUCGGUUUUCGACGGUGCUAGAGGUGGACUACGACACGCCGUACGACAGACACGUACUGAUUGUCGACAGUCGACAGCGAGCCAGGCCGCAGACACAAGCAUCGUUACCUACUAGGAUACUUAGAAGACUGUCAUCAAAAACUCGUGACACAGAAGGACAGGUCUCCAUGUCAAUAGUUAGUGAAAACGAAAGAGGUCGGGACAAUCCCGCCUACCAACAUGAACUCAGGAAGCCAAACUCACCGUGGAGGUAUCCGCUCUUCAGGAGACAAAUUGACAGAGCGGACUCCGCAUCGAGUCUGGGGUCAAGCAUAAACGGUAACAGUUCCGGUAUAAAGAUGUCGCCACUGGCCACUGGGGCACCCGUGGCGCCACCGUCGAUCCCUCCGCAUAGGUACCGACCUCAAAUACCAGCGGCAGAGCGAGUGAAGGACAUGUGGUGAUUAGUGUAAUAAUAGCAUAAUUUAAUUACACUCAAAUAAUAAUAGGUGUUGGCGGUACGUCAUCUAAAGUUACUGAUCUCUGAGGACCUUUAUGCAUGGUGAAUAGACAAGCCCACGAGUUAAAAAAUUAGUGAUGUAGAUAUAAGAAUCCGUAGAAACAACACAAAUAGAAUCAAAUAAUUUAAGUACCAUACAUUAAGAUGGCCGCUUAUAUGAAAAUAUUCAAGAGUUCCACCUUAUCAACGAUUUCUCAAGAUGACAAUACUAAUGUUGAAAAGAAAAUUGUAAAUAUGUAAAUUAUAGUUCGUAAGUAUCUAAAUUAUGUGUUAAAUCCGUCCAGUGUCAUAAAUGAAAUGCCUAGGAAAUAAUGCUGUAACUCUUGUAAGCUAUGAGUAAAAUGUUAUGACUGCAUCGACACAAGUAAAUGCUUUGUGCCAUGUAAUAAAACAAGAGAAAAGAAGUAUUAAAUAAGUGAAUUUUAAUAAGGACGAAAAUUAAAUGUAUUAAAAAGUAUUGGAACAACGUAGAUAGCAUUUGACAUUGUUAUUUAAUCUGACAAAGGUAUGAAUGUUGAAGUUAACGACAUAUCAAUUAAAAUAAAAUGACAUCGAAUCGAUAGAUGAUAAUUCGAUAAUCUGUAACUAGACCGAAGUCAUUUAGUUAUACGUGUAAUUGUAAGUUAUUUAUUUCUUAUUUUCAGUUGUUGUAGUUGAUGAAUGAAUGUUGUGUGAAGCCAUUGGUAGCAACAAUCACAAUUAUAAUUGUCUACGUCACAUUAGUCCUAACUACUUACAUCACGGAACAUUUUCAAUGUUGUGAAGAUAUGUUUGCAACAGUGAAUGUGUAUUGUACUUUGUAUUUUAAUUGUAACGAUAGUGAGAAUAGAAUGAAUGAUUUAAAUAAUAUUUAUUGUGAUCGAAAAAAUAAACGAAUUCGAAACUUUAA